UUUUGUGGGUGUCAAUGUGUCAAAAGAAUCGUAAUAAAUGAAAGAGUAAUUGGGAUCAAGCACAGCCAAAAACGCCUCAGCAGAACUUGGUGCAAAUAAGUGAUCGUUAAUGCUCAUUUGACCGUAAAUACAUAAACGUUUGUCCUUGAGGUGCCAAAAGCGAAUGUUUAGGUUAUGCUGCAACAUUUAUUUUUUAUUUCAAAGUGUCGAGGUCUCUCGAUAAUGGGCAUGUGGUCGUGAUAAGCCUUGUAAAUCCCUGAUAAAUCCGCAGACUCAAUUACAAUGAGAAAUCCGGAUUGGGGAGAAUGGUGAUAAUAUUAUCUGUCAACUAACAGCUCCAACACUGCGAGCCAAUUUCAAUUGUUACUCGAGUAACUGGAACUCACGAAUUUAUGAGUCGUAAAAAUGAGCAUUUUGAAGAAGAGGUUGAUUGAGUUCGAAGAAGUAUUGAACGAGGAAGAAAUCGACAUUUCACAUCUUAAACGGAUAUGUUUCCACGGAAUUCCUGACGAAGGAGGUUUAAGAUCUCUCUGUUGGAAGUUAUUACUGAAUUAUCUUCCCUUGACCAAAUCGAACUGGGAUGAAACCCUCAAGAGGAAGCGAGAUUUAUACAAUACGUUUAUAGCGGAUUUAAUCGUAAUGCCAGGGGAAAAGAGUCUAGAGGGUGAGAGAGUCGAUGUAACUCUGCACGAUCAUCCCCUGAACUCGAGUCCUGGCAGCAAGUGGCAGACUUUCUUCAAGGACAAUGAAGUUCUCCUGCAAAUCGACAAGGAUGUGAGGAGACUGUGCCCAGACAUAUCAUUUUUCCAACAGGGUACUGAUUAUCCCUGUCAGGCCAUCGUAGACGCCAAUGGUCCAAAACGUUUGCACUGCAGAGUGCAGCAUACUGUACUGAGAAGUGCGAAUGUCGAGAGAAAGGGCUUGGGUGUGACGAAGAUCGCGGUAUCGGUGAGAAAAGCUCCUGAAGAUUAUGCCCCGUUGGCUGAAGGGGGUGAGGCACAUUGGGAGGUGCUGGAGAGAAUUUUAUUCCUCUACGCAAAAUUGAAUCCCGGUCAGGGAUACGUACAGGGUAUGAAUGAAAUAGUGGGACCCAUUUAUCAUGCAUUUGCGUGCGACCCUGACAGCAAAUGGCGUGAGUGGGCUGAGGCUGAUACAUUUUUUUGCUUCACCAAUCUCAUGGCUGAAAUACGAGAUUUCUUCAUCAAAUCGUUGGAUGAGGCUGAGUUUGGCAUCAAUGCCAUGAUGAUUAAACUCAGCCAGCAAGUCAAGGCUAAUGAUCAGGAGGUGUGGACCAGACUUCAGCAGCAAGAUCUGUGCCCACAAUACUACAGCUUCAGAUGGCUUACGUUACUCCUCUCCCAAGAAUUUCCACUGCCCGAUGUCAUGAGAAUUUGGGAUUCCCUCUUUGCCGAUGAGAAGAGAUUCGGAUUUUUAACACACAUUUGCUGCGCUAUGAUACUGUUACUCAGAGAUCAAUUAUUGGAUAAUGAUUUUGCUACCAAUGUGAAACUUUUACAGAAUUUUCCGUCGAUGGAUAUUCAAAUCGUGUUGUCCAAAGCAGCAACUCUGGCAGGGAAAUCACUGGAUACUCCCUGAUCCUCUGAAAUUUCAUGAAAAAUUGUUUUUCACCUGAAUAUCAUAUUUUUUGUACAUAAAAAUUUGAAACAAUUAUUCUCAAAAGAUAUACCACACGAUUCUGAGUAAUUGAGAAUCUUUCUUCCAAUCGACUGAAGACCUGAUAAAUUUGUACUCAAAAUACUCAAUUCCGAUUUUAUCUCAAUCGGUGAGCUAUUGCUUCUCGGUUCAACCGAUUCAUAAUCAUGACCAAUCGGUUGUUUUGUAAUAAAGAAACAAUGCUCAAACCAAAUUUAUCAAACAUGUCAUUCAAGUGAUUUUAUCGUAUUAUCGGGAAGAAUAGGAAUUACUGAAGUUUGAAGUGGCUCUAUCCUCGUACUCUAAAUAAAACGUCCGAAUUGAUAAUUAGGACCACCAUGAGAUGAUUUAGACACUGCAUGGGGUCUUCAUUACUCCUCAAUCAAGUUGAAUUAUUUUUUAUUCAUAAGACUAGAUAUAGUACACUGAGAGAAAAACGGAUACGUUCUCAAGCAAAUCUUCCUUAUGCCCAAAAAAUCGUUAUUCGAAAAUUACCAAAAAAUUAUUGGCUGAUGACAAUUUAAAUGUUCGAAAUAUAAAAAAUCGGUCGGCUUUCAAAAAUGUCUUCAAUAAUUGUCAAACAAUUUUUAACAAACGAAUUCAUGCGGCAAAAAAGAUUUGUUUAAGAUCUUUACGAUUUUUCGAUUGGUCAAGUUAUUAUAUACACGGAGUAUCGAUUACGAUGAAUGCUUACUAUAUGUAGCCAAGAGUCUUGUACGAUAAACUUUUAUUUUUUGAA